GUAAUCAUGUAACAAAGAGCCUUCGUGUAAACUGGAAGCUUAAGCUUCCUAACAGGAGAGGGCGCUAUAGAUAGGAGCUUUUACAUACGAGCUGUUCUUAAUCUUAUCGCUCGAUGAACGGGGUGGUUUUAAUUGUACUUCCUACUUAAAUGUCUGCAUUAAUGAAGAAGAUCCAUGGAAGCAUUAUGAAAGUUUUAUUUUAUCCCUCAAGUGGAAAAACUUGCAAACCCAAAGCUUCAGAAGUGCUUAGCCGACAUUUAAUACAAAGAAACCUUCCCCACUGGACCUCUUAUUCUGUCAAAUACAGUUCUGUGGAAAAUGACCAGUUUGGAUUGUCCAGUUUUAACUGGCCAGUGAAGAAUGCCAAUUACCACAUUUUGAGAACAGGCUGUUUUCCUUUCAUAAAAUAUCACUGCACUAAAGCAGCAUGGCAAGACUUGGAACUUGAAGACAAGUUUUUCACAGCUCUCAAAGUUAUAAAUCUUGGCAUUCCAACACUGGCAUAUGGAGUUGCCUCCUGGUUUCUUGCAAAAGUACCCGAGAUGGUUCAGACAAGUAAAGGUCCUGUAACAAUUUACUUUCUCAUCAAGGAAGAUAAAGAUUCCAUGUACUGAAGAUUACAUCAGAAAGAUAAAAUUCAGAUAUAAUCUUUCUGUCAUUAAGGUCCAUUUUCCUUGAAAAAAUGUAAAGAUGUGCACUAGGUAGAUUCGGUAGAGCACUGUAUAUAAUUCAGUGUAGCUAUGGCUGGAUCACAGAGUCAGUAACUUGGUACUCAUGUCUUCCUGACAACAUUUCUUUGAAGAAGAGAAGAAUGAGUAACAAAUUAAAUCAAAAUUAAACUCAGUAUUUUAAAGA